CAUCAUCAUCUUCUUCUUCUCUCUCUACUUCAAUCUCUCACCUCCAAAAUCUCUGCGCACAAAAAUUCAACAAAUUCUUCAAACGGUCAAAUGAUUCCACACACGCAUUCUCCAACCUCGAAUCUCCCACCAUCUAUUCUCCCCGCCGCCCGUUUCCCCAAACCCUCAGCUUCACUCUCUCGACCCGUAUUCAGACCCGCUUUCUUCAAGCCCUUAAAACCCAGCCGAUUGUUUAUCCAGCCCCUGAAAUGCUCGGUUUCUGUAGUUUCAAACCCGCCCAAUUUGGAAUUGGCCAACAAUCAGAAGCCUGUGCUCGCCGAGGUUGCGAGGACUGUGGUGGAAUUAUCUUCCGUCGGCACCCUUUCGACUCUCACCCACGACGGAUCGCCGUUGGGGAUCGGCGUUCGCUUCGCCGUUGACCUAACCGGAACUCCUGUCCUUUGCUUUAACGAGUUCGAUGCGAGGGUUUCUGCUGAUAGGCGGUGUAGCCUUCAUGUUAGAUUAGAGCAGAGCGGAUUGCGGACGCCUCAAUGCACAAUACAAGGAACCCUUGGUAAACCGGGAGAUAGCGUUGUUUUGGGGAAACUCUGUUCAGCGUGGAAGAAGCGGUUUAACGAGGAAGUUGACGAAAGCGACAUCUAUGUAAUUGAUGUUGAACGGGUGCUUCAGAUAGAAGAUUAUGCUGAGGAUGGGAUUUGGGUGAGUUCAUCAGAAUAUGCUUCAGCCGAACCAGACCCUCUUCGAGACUCUGCAGAAAAGAUCGUCGACGAGAUUAAUACUCACAGUAAAGAAGAUGUUAACCGCUUCUGCAAUGUUUUUGUGGAUUCGGAUUUCCAGAUACUCGAUGCGAAGAUGGUGUGGGUAGAUAGACUAGGUUUUGAUGUGCACAUGCGGUCGGUGCAAAAAGAUGUAUACGAGGUCCGAAUACCUUUCCCGAGACAAGUAACCGACGAGAAGGGUGCAAAAUCAUCUUUCAACGGCAUGUCUCAACUUGCUUGGGAAGUCGAGAAGAACUUUCACGUCGCCGAAUUCAACAAGGUGACGCAUCUGAAGAAGGUCACGGGAUCUUCAUUCUAAGUCGAAUUAGUGAAGUUUUUUUUCGAGUGAUUCCCAUAUUUUUUUCCAUGCGACGACGUGUUUUAUAGGAAAGAGGCUACAUUUAGUUUCCGAUGAAUCCCCCGUUGAGUGGGGCGAGUUUUUGGCAGAUAAGUUGUUUGUUAAGUUCGAAGCAGAAUAUUAACACGGAUUAGAAAACUUCCAUCAAGAUUAAUGCAGCCAUUACUCCCCAUUAGAGCAGUUAAUCGUGUUUAAAUUAUCGUUGCCCCCCCUCGAUGAACUUCGACAGAAGCUUAGAUGGUGAUAGCUGAAGCAAAUAGCAAAAGAAGGGAGAAAAGCAAAUGCGAAAGGGAUCUCCAUUACCACAAGGGAGAUUAAGUUUCAGAGUUAAUCGAUUUUCCCCAUUAAUCACAGAUUGUUAACAAUUUCAUUAUAUAAUUUUUAUUUUUAUUAUUUAUCUGCAA